AUGGCCACCGUUGAUGCUGCGGCGAUGGCCACGCCUCAGACUGUUCUGGGCCAUGUGGCGAAGCUCAACGACAAUGAUCCCGACUUUCGCUUCAUGGCACUGAAUGAUCUUUUGAACAUUUUUAAAUCCGCGAAACACGACUUUCUGCAGCAUGAUUACAAUGCCGCUGCGCGCACCGUCGACAACAUCAUCACGACGCUCGAUGACCAAAACGGCGAAGUGCAAAGUCUGGCCAUUAAGUGUCUAGGUCCUCUCGUCGGGAAAAUCCCUGCCGCCCUUAUUGCGCCGAUGAUCGACAAGCUAUCGACGCUCAAGCUCAAAAACUCCGUGGACAAUUCCAUUCCAUCAUCGGCUUUGCGUCAGGUCCUUAUUGCACUCCCUCGACCUAGUCCCGGAACCCCGGCCUCGACCGAAGUCAAUAACGCAUACGCAGCUAUCAGCAGAGUGCUGAUUCCGCGUCUAGUCGGCACUGACUCCAAGACCCGUCUUCCCUCUACGAAUGAUAAGCUUGACCUUCCGAAACCCCCUGUUGGGCUGCUCAGAGACAGGGCAGAAAUCAGCGUUGAAGCUGUUGACGUAUCCAUUGAAGUCGUUCGCUGUUUUGGGCCUCUUCUUAGCCAGGAGGAAGUCGCAUUGUUGCUCAAUGCUCUCAUGCUGCUUCUUGAAGGCCAGGAGAUAACCUCUGUUGUGAAGAAGAGAGCUGUUGUUGCUGUUUCAAUGCUUGCCGUUUAUGUGUCGGACAAGCAACUGGAAAACGUCAUAAAAACACUCACGGAGGGACUGGCACGAACGGAUGCUACGCCUGUCCCUCGCCGUCUAUAUAUUUCCAUUCUUGGAAGUACGGCUCGUUCUAUUCCGUCUCGUCUUGUUAGGCACCUGCCUCGAAUUGUCGACGUCAUUCUCAACGAAUUAACGGAGAACAAGCUUGAAAGCCAUCUGGAAAGGAUGAAUGACGGCGACGACCUUGGCCUGGAAUUCAACGACGUCAGAGAAGCAGCUUUGGUGGCUCUCGAGGCUUUAUUGGCUUCUAUGCCGCAAGAAAUGCGACCAUUUACAGAUCUUGUCAUCUCGUCGUGUCUCCGUUACUUGCGUUUCGACCCAAACUAUGCGGUCGAUGAAGACGAAGAAAUGGAGGACGACGAUGAGGAGGAGGAUGAGGAAGAUGUCGACGACGAGUUCGAUGCCGAUGAUGGCUUCGAAGAUGACGACGAUGACGCGAGCUGGAAAGUACGACGCUGUGCUGCGAAAGCCAUUUAUACCCUGAUUGCCACUCGUGGCAGUGGUGACUUGCUGGAAAACGGGGUCCUGUAUAGCUCGGCCGCUCCGACUCUCGUUAAACGUGUUGCCGAGCGUGAAGAGAAUGUUCGUCUCGAGGUCAUUUCGGCACUCUCCCUUCUCAUCCGAAAAACUGGAGAAGGACUCCAUACCGAACGUAUCACUCUCGACGAGCUUGAACCCGACUUGACUGUGCAGAUGCCGAUUAGUCGCAAGAGGCGACGCCAGAGCAGUGGAGGUGGCCCCGGCAUGUCAAAAUCGAUGAUGGGCACCGGUUUAGUCUCCCCAGUCCUUGAAAAGGCACCUAUGCAUGGACCCCGCGCCGAACUGACGGCUCUUGUUCCCUCAGUUGUGAAGAUUUCGGCCAAGCAACUCAAGGGCAAGUCCAUUCCAACAAAGCAGGCCAUCAUCAGCCUACUCGAUGAUGUUGUCUCUGUGCUACGUGGUGGUCUCACUGAUCAUUUUGGGACUGUAAUUAGUAUUAUCUUGGAUGCUGUCAAGACUACUGGUUCCAACUCACUUUCGUCCUCGCUCGCGACAGGCGGAGGCACUGCAUCCGCUACUCCCAGCUCGCUCCGAGUAGCUACCCUGAAGCUGAUAAGCGACAUUUCAAAAACUCACUCCUCUAUGGUUUUGCAACCCUAUCUGACGCAGAUUGUGGACGGUGUCACGUCCGCGGUGCACGAUAGAUUUUACAAAAUUUCAAGCGAGGCCAUCCGCACAUCCGAAGAAUUGGUCAAGGCCAUCACACCACCCCGAUCACGAGGAUCUGCGCCAAAAUAUAAGGGAGAGCUCGAAAAACUGUACAACGUGAUUAUGGAUAGAGCGUCGGCGAAUGACGCAGACGCAGAGGUUCGGCAACGAGCUAUCCAUGGACUUGGCGUCAUGAUCUCUCGAACAUCCGCUGCUGACAGCGAGGCUCUAUUACCUAAAGAGAAACGCGAGGCUGCGCUGACGAUCCUUCGUGAACGCCUCAGGAACGAAACCGCCCGGCUUGCCGCCGUGCACGCCAUUGAUGGUGUUGCGGCAUCCGCCAACACUCCAGGCCAGUUGGAAAAGAGUUGGAUUCAAGAUGUGGCUUUGGAGCUUGCGGCCCAGCUCCGCAAAGCCAGCCGACCACUCCGUGGCUCAAGCAUUGCUGCACUUAAGCACCUUGUGCUAUGUAAAGCUGCUGAGGGCCAACUGGAAGCUAAUACUAUUGAAAGGGUGGUCGCCGCACUUAUGCCGACCGUAAAAAAUGCCGACACUCAUCUCCUCGGCCCCUCUCUGCUUAUUUUGGCAGACCUUGUUAGGGACCACCCGCAACUUGUUCUGACUGACGAAGCUAUUGCUGCUCUGUGUGAGCUUUUGAAGUCGCACUUGGCUGGAAUUGUUCUUGACCAGCUUCUUACGCUCACCAGUGCAGUCGGAGAAAGUGGCGUAGGUGGUCCCUUGAUGACGGCCUUGUUGCAGAACGUGAGCAUUUCGGGCGAUGCGGUUGUUGUUGGAAAGGUGAUCGGAACUCUUCUCGUCACCGGUGGGUCGUCAUCCGGAGUAUCUGUGCAGAGCUUCGUUUCGGAGCUUCAGACUAGCUCAGAAGGUGGUGACGCGGCCCGAAUCUGUCUCGCACUUGCCGUCCUUGGUGAAGCGGGCAUGAGAUUGGGCUCAAAAUCGCCGCUGAAGCCGAACCUGUUCCUUGGGCAGUUCCGCGCUGAGCCGGACAAGGUCUCCCUGGCCGCUGCCAUUGCGCUUGGCCGUGCCGGCUCCGGAAACGUACAAGCAUUCCUACCAACAAUUCUCCAGGAAAUGAAGAAUGGAGGCAACACUCAGUAUCUGUUGAUUCAGUCGAUUAAAGAGAUUCUGCAGUCUGUUUCCGACCAGUCAACUGAUCUUCGGGACCAAGCUGUGUCCAUUUGGGACCAGUUGCUUCAGGCCUCGGAUACUGUGGACAACAAAGUGGUUUGUGCAGAGUGUGUAGGUCGUUUGACAACGCUUGACCCGACUAAUUUCAUGCCCAAACUUCAGUUACUGCUCAAGGCUUCGUCGACAAGUGUACGCGGCAUGGCUGUGCAGGCAGUGCGUUACACACUCCCCGAGUGUGAUGAAGCUUUCGAUGCUGUGCUGCGUCAAGUGUUGAUCGAUAUGCUGCUCACGAUACUGCAAGAUAAAGACACGGAGAUUCGUCGUCUGGCAAUGACGACACUGAAUUCUGCCGCCCACAACAAACCCGACUUAAUUUUGCCCCAUCUCGGUCAGCUAAUGCCAUUCGUGCUUACCGAAUCGGUCGUGAAGCCAGAAUUGGUGCGUGAAGUGCAGCUUGGGCCAUUCAAACACACCGUGGACGAUGGCUUGGAAGUUCGAAAGAGUGCCUAUGAAACGCUGUACGCCUUGAUGGAGACGGCCUUUAGUCGAAUCAAUAACAUUGACUUUUACGACCGCAUUAUCGCGGGCCUCGGAGACGACAAUGAUAUUCGACAGCUUUGUAACCUGAUGAUUACGAAGCUCAUUGUUAUCGACCCUGACGAGACUGCACGUCGACUGGAUGCGAUUGCAGAAGCUUAUAGAAGCGUCCUGUCGACAAAGCUUAAGGAGAACGCGGUAAAGCAAGAGAUUGAGAAGCAAGAAGAAGCAAACAAGAGCGUUCUGCGUGUCACUAUUCUCCUGGGCGGGAAGAUGAAGGAGCUCACAGGCCAUGCUAGCGCUGUCACGAGUGCCGCCGGCGUAUCGAGUGUCUGGACGGGCUACUGGGAAUGGGCUAACAAGACCUUCGAAUCUCAGCUCAAGAGCUUGCGCGAAGAGAAUAGGGAGCUGCAAACACGAAUGGUUUGA